AAAGGAUCUUGCUGAGAAGUUCUUGUUCCCGGGAUGAAUCCAUAACAGUUUGUCCUCUACACCAUGCUCCAAAAUCAAUGCGUACAGGGUGCUUUAUAAGUCAGAAAUAUCUCCCACUUCCCAAUCUUGGACUGCUCUUAUAAAUGGAACAUUCCACUUCAGCAGGCCAUUUGAAGUGUCCAUAUGAUCAGCAACUGAAGCUUCAUUAUAUAAUGCUAUUCUGAAAAGAGAAGGGAAAGCCUCCUUAAGAGCAACCUCACCGCACCAGACAUCAAACAAAAAUUUGACCCUAGUGCCUCGACACACCGUAAAUCUGAAAUUACAAAAGAAAUCCUCCCAGCCCUUCCUAAUAACUUGGAAAGAUAUAUCAGGCACUAUAUUAUUGUAAACGUGACCAUUGUAACUCUAUCUUGCUGUCUUUUUGCUGCAGGGCCAACGGCUGUGGAACAUGGACCCAUCGAAGACACCAGGAUUGGGGGCAAGUGGGGCUGUGAAUGCUAUCAUGCUGCUUGAUAUAUUCCUCUUUCCAAAAUCUACCCUCUAUUUUGAAUUUAUUAUCCCAGUCCCUGCCAUCUUACUGGGGAUCCUCCUAAUAGGAAAAGAUAUCUUGAGGAUAAUAGAGGGAGACAGCCAUAUAACAGGAGCAGCACACUUGGGGGGUGCUGCAGUUGCGGCUAUAACCUGGGCUCGAAUUCGGAAAGGACGUUUCUAAAUCAUACCUGAGUUUGAAAAAGACUUUUCUAAAUCGCACCAUAAUUCUAUAAACUCCUUUCUCUAGUGCCAUUAUCGUCGGUUUUCCUUUUCUUGUGUUUAAACCUCCCUAUGAUUACUUGUAAUGUGAUAGGCUAGAAACGGUGGAAACGUGACUGCUUAUUAGGCCAGUCAGGUUUAGAGUUAGUGCAUGUUAGGAAAUGCAUCCAUUUUUCCUUUCUUACUCCAAAGGAAAUUUCAUGAAAAUAGCAUGUUUAGCAGCA